GACUCAGUUGAUUACAGAGGUAAAGAGUUCGUCUUGAGCUUCUCGCCUCAACAUCCAAAGUAUCUCUUUUCUGGAAACAAUAUACUCUACAUAUCCAGCUUCGAAAAUGGUACGGUUCGUGUCCACGUGCCUUCUCUCACGAACUUUCCAGAGAAGUCGUACGCCUUGUCAGCUGGAGGUUUAACAAUAGUUCAACUGUCGAGCAAUACACGCACAAAUGGCACCUCAGGACUAAAGAAAAAAAAAGGUAUCCGAAUCACGGCCGACAAGCCCAUGUCUGUGCAGGGAUUAGCAAAUGCGACCCAAAAAGUAGAAGGGUUUCUUGGGUUGCCUGUGGAUGCUCUUGGUAUGUUUUACAUAGCAGCGGCUUAUCACCCUGUGAUCAAUGCUGUAAUUCAGGUCGUAGCGAUUGAGGAUAACACCACUGUCACGAUUACAUUGCGAACGAACGGCAAAGUACAGUACCAGGAUAAUUGGUAUGGAAACGGUCAAAUCAUAAGCGAAACUUUAAAUGAUUUAGACGUGUUUCAAGUUCUGGCUGACCAGGAUCUCACAGGCACCAUUAUAAGGUCGUCAAAGCCAGUCGCAGUAUUUACUGGGGAUGACUGCACCCUGGUGCCUGAAAAUAAACUGCCAUGCAAUCACCUGGUGGAGCAGAUACCCCCUGUAUCCCUCUGGGGGAAAUUUUUUGUUACCAACCCCACGCCUAACAGCCCAGGGGGAGACGAAUUUCAUAUAACAGCGUCUCAAAAUACCGCAGUUUAUGUUGAUUCUCAAUACAAAGGGAUUUUAGACCAAGGAGAGAAAUACAAGAUCGAUGUAUCAUGGAACAAGUCCUCGGUGAUCAGUACUACUCAACCGAGUCUUAUGAUGCAAUACUCCAAAGCAGGAAAAAGCCCUUCCAUGAAUGUAGUACCUCCAAUGCAGUCUUUCACUAACGACUACACAGUUUAUGUUCCUCAAGAUGAACAAGAAAACAAUUUUGACUGCUAUGUAAAUAUCAUUAUUGACACUGCUUCACGAAGCGGUCUUCGCGUGAAGGGCGCAGACAGCGUUGUCAAGAACUGGACCACAAUUCUUGGUUCUGGAGGGUUCUCAAGAGCGUCGAUUCAUUUGACCGGUUUUGGUUCCUACCAUGUGUACCACGAAAACCCGCUGACAACAUUUUCUGCAGUUUUUUACGGAAUGAAUCGCAAUGGAAUGUUGUUUGCUAUGCCGGCUGGGAUGGAACUGCCACGGCAGUCACUAGACGAUACUUGUAAGCCCACAAACACUGUGGGUGGAGACAACAUUGAUAAUGAUUGCGAUGGUCUCACGGAUGAAGAAUUAAAGAAUGGAGUUGACGAUGAUUCAGAUGGUGUGGUUGAUGAAGACUUGGUCACGCCGGUACCUACAUUAACCACGCCCAAAAAUUUCGUGACAACCUUAUGCAAUAGAUCAUCUGGUGUGUUCAAUGCAGGUACCGCGUCGGGCUCAGCUUACGGCGCAUGUCUGGCUCGUGGAGAAGCCAAAAUCUCGCACAUGGAUAAUAUCGUGACUAACAACACGUGUGGGCGCAUAACCGACCGAGUGUGGAAUAUUACAGAUUCUUGUGGUAAUUCUGUCACGGGCAUCCAGCGUGUAACGGUAUAUACCCCAGAGGAGCCGACCAUAGUCUUUCCGAAAGACAUCGUCUUCACCUGUAGGGAGAAGAAGUAUCUUGAUCCAAAGUUUGCAGGACAGGUUACAGUGACUAGUACAAACUUGUGUCCGAGAAAUGUGACAAUAACCUACGUUGACAGAUACAAAGAUGACUGCUUAUAUUCAAACAGGGAAGGGAGGCUGGAGCGAAUUUGGACCGUGAAAGAUAAAUGUAAAGGGAGUCAAACAAAGUCACAAGUUAUCAUCCUUGUACCAAAAGGUUAGAUAACUCUAAAUCAAUUUUUCAUUAUCAUGGGAAGCGGGGAGGCUGGAGGAUUUUGGUUACAUCACCAUUAAAUUUACCUGAUCUCCCCCAAAAAAAAAAAAAAAGGCUCUGUGGUAUUCUUAUGAUCCCCCAGUUAAAACUCUGUUAGAAACGUCUGAUCGUCCUCUGCUUCAACUGAAAAACAUGUGAUGCCCCCUAAAAAUUCCCCCCCUUCCCCCCCUCCCCUGUCCCUGACUUAAGCUGGAACUCGGUUAGCGCAAUACUUAAGCUGAUUGUCGUCAGCUUGUAAUGCAGGAUUGCAUUCAGUAGUUUUUGUUAAAUAUUUCCUGAUUAGUCGAGAAAACUCGAACCAAAUUUCCAACCAAUCAGAUACAAAACUAGGCCCAAAUGGGACUCGGGCAUGUCCAUUUUCCCGCGCUAUUAAAGAUUGUUCUGAUUGGCCAUUGUAACUUGUCUGUUAUUUGGUCAGUUCACCUGUUUUUAGGGUUGAGAGGAUCAGCUAACUAUGUUGUGUCAUUCAAACUAACGAACGAGAUGUUUUCGGCCGAACUUCAAGACAUGGAAUCUCCUGCCUUCAAAUCCCUCUCAAGAGGUUUGGAACUUGAGGUAAUG